CAAUGCACUCUUCCGAGGAGCGCGUCGUCUUUCUCCUACGGACCGCCUUGUCUAUGCACCAGCUCAGGCAAAGCCAAGCCCUCCUCGUCAAAUCCAACAUCGCAGCUCGACUCCCUUCUCUCCUCUCCAAGCUCCUCUCCCUCUCGGCUCUCUCACCUUGGGGCAGCCUCGCCCAUGCCCGAUCUCUCUUCGAUUCUUCUACUCUUCUACUCGAAUCCACCUUCGCCCACAACGUAAUGCUCCGAGCCUACUCUGCCUCCAUUUUUCCCACCGAGACUCUCCUCAUAUACAACUCCAUGUGCUGCUUCAGAAUCGUUCCCAUUGACAAUUUCACCUUCCCCUUCGUUCUUAAGGCCCUUGGCCGCGCUGUCGUAGUAGUCGCUGAUGGUCCUGCCUUAACAUUUGCCCUAAAGGGCUCAGAAGUCCACUGCCGAGCGUUUCAUCUUGGCUUCGACUCUGACAUGUUUGUGCAGAAUGCUUUGAUUUGUAUGUAUUCCCGAUGUGGCUGGAUUGACCAUGCACGAUCGGUGUUUGAUGAAAUGGCUCUUAGGGAUGCUAUCUCGUGGAACACCAUGUUUGUGGCGUAUGAUCGGAUUGGAAACUUAGAUUUAGCUAACGAGCUUCUCAAGAAAAUGCCCGAGAAAAACGUCUCUUUGUGGAAUAGCAUUAUAGCUAGAUAUGCUAGGUUAGGCAAUGUUGAGGCUGCAAGGCGGGUUUUUGAGGAAAUGGCGGUGAGGGAUGCGGUGUCUUGGAAUUCAUUAAUUGCAGGUUUUGUACGUGUGAAGGAUUAUAAGAGCGCAUUGAGACUUUUCAGGAGUAUGGUGACAGCAGAGGUAGUACCAACGCGGUUGACGAUUGUUUCUGUACUUGGUGCUUGCGCAGAAACGGGUGCAUUCGAGGUGGGGCGGGAAAUCCAUGGUUUCUUAAUGGAAAAUGAGAUUGAAAUUGAAGGUUUUGUAGGAAAUGCUUUACUGGACAUGUAUGCCAAGUGUGGUAACUUGAAACUUGCUCGGGAGGUGUUUGACAUGAUGAAUUUGAAACAUGUGACUUGCUGGAAUUCAAUGAUUGUUGCUUUGUCCAUUCACGGUCACUCUGAAGAGGCUUUGGAUUUGUUUGCUUCUCUUGAAGAGGCCGCUAUUAAGCCAAACCGGAUAACUUUCCUUGGUGCUCUGCUUGCCUGUAGCCACAAGGGAUUGGUGGAAGAAGGGAGGGCUUUGUUCCAUAAAAUGAAGAAGUAUGACAUACAUCCUGACAUAAAGCACUAUGGUUGCAUGGUUGACAUUUUAAGUAGAUGCGGUUUGCUUGAAGAAGCCUAUCAGUUGAUCAAAGAGAUGCCAUUCAGGGCUAAUGCAGUCUUGUGGAAAACGGUAAUAGCUGCUUGUAAGGUACACGGGAAUGUUGAUUUGGCAGAGAGAGCAUUUGGAGAGAUUGGUAAAUUGGAAAAGCCAGAUGAUGCAGACUUUGUUCUGAUGUCAAAUAUUUAUGCAGAAGCAGGUAGAUGGCAGGGUGUCGAGCAUUUAAGAACUGGGAUGAUAGGCUGCAACAUUUCAAAGGAGCCUGGCUAUGCUCUAGUUGAGUUAAAUGGAUGACUUAUGGCUUUUUAAUGUUUAUCCUUUUUAAACUUUUGGUGAAGAAUGAUGCGGUUGAUUUGCACAAAAACAAUUCUAGUUAUAAUUUAUGCUAUAGAGUUAUCAAUUCGUGCUAUCUACAUAAAUUGAAGAAAAGAAAUUUUCUCCAUUGAUUUCUGAAGGCUCGAAUGUAAUGUGGUCACCAAACUUGAGUCUGUUGAUGAGAAAAUCUGCCAGACCCAGCGCUACAUGAAGGCACCUUCCAUUUACUUGUGAUUUCCUCAUUUCGUGAUUCACAUUUCUGGGCACGUAGGUUUGGUUAUGCCUUUGAGAAGCAGCCCUCUAGAUAAUAUGCCGCAACGAUGGAUUUUAAUACAAUAAACCUAAUGCUUUGGAGUUUGCAACCCUAUGAAGGAUUCAUGGUAGAAGAUUCAUCAGUCCUGAAGAGCCAAAGAAAUGAUUUAAGUAUAAAAGUGGCGCCUAGGCCUCAGGGUGAAGUGCCUAGGCGCCUGAGGAGCUCAAAUUUGGUCCCAAAUAGAGAAAAUGCGAAAUGUUGGCGCCGCGACCUAAGCGCCUUGUCACUAGAUACGGGCGCCUAAAUGCCCAAAGCCUUACAACUAGAACCAGAGCAGGUAGAAAGUAGGCACUAGACUGUCAGCACUCAAGCGCUAGGAACAAGGGCUAAGGUGCCACAUACCAACGCUUAGGCACCAAUUCAUGUGUUUAAGCAGUUCAUAGGCGUCGAUUUGUGAUCCAAGUCAUAAAAGGCUUUGCUGAAGAUAAAAUGAGGCAUUUGGACACGCAUAAGGGAAAGACAAAGGUUUUCAUUCCAAAUGUGAGAGAGUGAAGUGGGGAGUGAUUGUGAGAUUUUCUAGUGUGUAAUCGUGCUUGUAGUCUCACCAUUUUAUUUGGAGUAAGAAGAGACAAGUUUGCAAAA